UCCCUGCUCAGCAGUGGACCAAGCUCUGCCCAUCCUGUGUGUGGGCUCAGUUUGGAAGAGCUGGGAGCUUCUCAAGCCAGGUUUCACCGGGGUCCUUGCUGGAGUGGCAGCAUCUGAGAAGUUCAGGGGUCGUUUCCAUGGCUACAGCCUCAUGACUCUGCAGCAGUCAUCUGCACUUGGCGGAGCCAGCCUAGGGGCCAAGAGCGUGGGUGCCACGGUAACCCUGGAUUAUGUCAGCAAUGCCAAACUCUUCUACCAACAGACCUUCAACAGCAACCAAUGAAAAGUUUCUCUGUGUGUGUGUGUGUCUGUAUGUGUGUGUGUGUGUGGGAGGGUUGUUUGGUCAAAUGACCUUUGAAUGCAAUGAGAAUGAUUUUCUAACACAAGAUAUUUUGACAACUUGAUUUGUUGUGUCCUUAUCACUCACAUUAUCACAGCUGUGGGGGAAAAAGCAAACACUCAGCCGUUCGGCCAUAGAUCUGUAUAUAAAAGAUCGAGUGAUGCUACUUUUGAUCGCUGAUGUCGGGCAGAAUCAAAACUUACACCGACCGGGUAACUGUGGAAGAAAACUGAGGAGUGAAAAUUAACGCAACCCCUCGGUUGUUCAGUCACCCGCAUCCCUGCAUCACAUUACAUUUGUUGAAGUGCAAGGUAUAUUCUUGCCAAAUACUUUCCCUUUCUUGGAACGUAAGCCCACCUCAAAAGGUUUGAGGUCCAGUAGGUCCAGACCUCUUUUUUUUUUUUUUUACCUGACCCCAAAAUGGCGGAAUAAACUGUCUAACAUCAGGACUCAUAUAAUUUAUUCAUUAAAGGCCUGAAGGGUCAGGGAAAAACUAAAACCACCACUAAUUUAGAAAAGGUAAAGGAUGAUACUGAAUGAAAUGAGAAGGUGAAAAGUAAAUAAAUAGAAAUAAAUGGGAUGGAUGAAACACAGAUUAGUGUGUAUAUAGAAGGUCUGUCUGUAUUCUGUUCCUAUAAUCAAGGGUGACUGAAGAGCAAGUGGGAAGUAGUAGUAAAGGCGGUGGUAUUCAUCCACCCAUCCAUCCAUUAUCUGAACCGCUCAUCCUGCUCUCAGGGUGGCGGGGAUGCUGGAGCCUAUCCCAGCAGCCAUCGGGCGGCAGGCGGGGGCGGGCGGGUAUUCAUGGUCGUUAAUAUUUCAGUUUCUGGUGCCAGCCCGGGGUUUUCUAGCUAAGACGUGGUCAGCGGCGUUUUCAAAAGUCUCGGGUUUUUAGGGGUCGGACAACUCUGGGGCAGUGUGGACGCUCGGUGAGAGUUGCACAUUUGACCCAGGGCAAACUUUUCACUUUUGGUUUGAUGGAUAAAGAAGGGACAGAUGAAGGCGUUGCAUUAUUAUGCUUACAGAGAAUGUGUAUAAGAGAUUGCUGGAUCUGGGGGGGGGGGGGGUUAU